AUGGUGACGCCGGAUCUGGCAAGGUUGGCCUCCCUGGGUAGAAAGAACUUCGCUCUUCUGGAACAAGUAAUAGGAGGUUUCAAAUCUGGGCUUCUUGAAGACGCUCAUGCAAGAAACCACUGUGCAUUUCUGAAUGAAUAUGAGCGAUAUCGAGUGUGGGCGGUCGAAUCAGGACUGUUGGCCCCGGGUCAUGGCUCCCUUGAUUACCGCCUUCGCGAGUCGGGGACCCUGACAGAGCUAUUUGAACUGAUCCUCAACGGCCUAGCCCAGAAUCUAGAGGAGACCUUGGAGCUUGGGCGUUCACGACAAGGAGGUGAUCAAUCUCGCGAACGGCUGGACGCGGUCGAGCCACAUUCUGACGACCCGGAUUGUUUCGAAGACGAGGAGGAAGGUGAACUCGAGCCCCAAUCGUACAUUGACAUUCUUCUUGAGGUCAUUGUAGGCCUUGUGAAUCGGCUUUUCAAGUUAUCCACGAAGAUAAGGAAUACCUCCACAAGACUUGGGUUCUCCAGAGCCAAGUUCUUCGAGAGCAUAGAUAAAGACACCGGGGUCGACCUGAUCAAAGCCUUCGCACACUAUGAUGACGACUAUGUCCGGUCUGUGUUCCUCCAAUAUCGCUUGGAUGCUCCUGAAGAGAUCCGCUCUCAAGAGGCACAGGACCUGUCUUCUAUGAGGGCAACAGAAACCCUCUGGCACCAGACCGAGACGUGUGAAUUGUGUCAGUCCCGUGGCUCGAUCCCUGAAGGCUCAACUAUAUCGGGCGAAAGUCAAAGUUAUGAGGAUGCCGAGGAAGAUUCUCCAGAAGACAUUGAACAACUUCAACAUCAAAUAGGCGCCCAUUAUUUGGUACAUCGCAUUGCACAAGCAAACAACAAGCGUCGCCAACAAUUUGGGUACUGGAAGGAGCAUUACAGUAAAUUGCAAAAGCACACCGAGACAGUCCUGGCAACAAUACGACCGAGAACUCUAGCAGAACCUGACAGGCAUCUGCAACCUGCCGCCGUGGAUGGAUUUGAACGGGAACUGAAUAGCAGACAAACCUUGGGGAUAUCAGCUCUUCUAGCUCCACCAACAGUGACAACAGCCACAAGAUUAGAGCCGAGCUUGUUGAACAGGAUGGACGAGAGGUCAGUAACAUCUGUGUCAGAAUACGCCCCUUCUUCAUGGGCUCCGGAUCGGGAGAAUAUUGGCUUCCCACCUCCACCUAAGAAGCCACUUGGAGAUAAAUUCUUCGAAUGCCCUUAUUGCUUCACCAUAUGCCCACGCCAGAUGUUAUCGGACAAGGCAUGGCGAGCCCACCUGAUCCACGACCUGAGGCCUUUCGUCUGCACGUACCCUGACUGCCAGAUUGCUGGCCAGCUCUAUGACACAAAAUCAGCUUGGGUAGAGCAUGAAAACACCGUUCACAGAAAACAAUGGCGGUGUCCAGAUCACCCCGAUCCACCGUAUUCGUCUUUGCAAACUUUUGAAGCACAUAUUGCUGCAUUGCAUGGAUCCGACGCCACUUACUUGCGCAGCGAUACAUUUUUACAAGCCUGCCAGUCGUUCUCGGUCGAUAACGAUCGACCGUGUCCUAUAUGUCUCUCAUCUUCUUUCAGAGAUGUUCAGGCUCUACAGUCUCACCUCUCACAGCACCUGAUAAGAAUGUCGUUGUUUUCCCUACCACGCUCCACUGACGCUGACGAUGGUCGGAGCCAAGUUGGUUCUGAUAUCGCAGUCGGAGAGGUGCUGGACUCGAGAGCUGAUGAUGACGAGAAUUCAUCCGACGGUGGAGAGGCGUGGGAUGAUAUUGCAGAGGCGGCUGGGGCUGGAGAUACGGAAAGAUUGACGAACAUACUCCUUGAGAAGCAGGAAAACGGCCUAUCUGUCGAAGUGUUGAACCAUGCUCUCUGCAAAGCAUCUGCAAAAGGCCAUACAGAGACGGUGGAAAUACUUUUGGACAACGGAGCAGACAUUGAAGCUGUGGGCCAGGAGGAGACUCCAUUGAUGCAGGCGUCGAUUGAAAACCGCAUUGAAGUCGUGAGGCUACUCCUCGGAAGAGGCGCGCACGUCAAUGAAGGCCGUUCUUUGAGCACAGCCUUAACAUGUGCGACCGAGUACAGCGAUAUUGAAAUCAUCCUUGAGUUGUUAAGCGCAGGAGCAGACCCGAACAAGACAGUCGAUGAUGGAAGUAGCGCAGUGAGGCAGGCUGCAAUAGCGGGUCGACUUAACGUUUUGGCGACGCUCAUGGACCAUGGUGCGGAUAUUAAUGCUCCAUCAUUACCUGCUCUACCCGCAGCAUCGUCAAGGGGCCACAAAGAAGUGGUUCAACUUCUUCUUGAACGUGGAGCACAUAUCGAUGCAAAGGCCAUAGGCGAGACCGCUUUGAUGGGUGCUUCCUUGGGUGGUUAUCAAGAAAUUGUUAAGACGCUGUUGGACCAUGGGGCCGAUCCGAAUCUUGUCGACAACACCGGGAAUACGGCUUUGUUAAUGGUAUCAGGAACGCGGCAUGAACAUGUCGAAAUCGUCAAGAUGCUGAUUGACAGGGGUGCUCAUGUAGACCAUACUGAUAAACGUGGCAAUACCGCCUUGCACGCCGCAGCAGCAAGAGGGUACGCAAACGUUGUGAGGGUCUUGAUAGAUGCUGGCGCAGACCUCGAAAGAGCGAACCAAGUGGCGGUCACACCGCUGCAAGCUGCUUUGAAGGCUCGCCAACAUGGGGUCGUGACCAUGCUUCUUGAAGCAGGCGUAAAAGGAACGCAACCAGCAGAUCCGUUGGACGAGCUCAUUCUGCCUCAGCUUGCUGGAGGCACCAUGGUUACUUCAAAGAAAUCUCCCCCGAGUCUUCCAAGACUCUGGCGGAUCGAGACCCUCUCGUCUACUGAAACCGCCCCUCGACUGACACUUGUCCAUGAUAUCGCACCGGGUUCGAUCCUGACGUGCGUAAGCUUUUCUCCUGAUGGCAGCUAUUUGGCAGUAGCCGGACAGGCAGUUACAUGGUUGGUCGACCUCGAAGACGUAUCCAAAAUGUACCCGCUUCCACAUCCAGGGUCAAAACAUGAUGGUUUAUACGUUCGUUCAGUAUGCUUCUCUGCAGAUGGAAAAUCACUCGCCACAGCAUCCGAAGACUACAUCGUCCGACUAUGGGACGUGGAGACUCGGGAAGUGAAACAUCUUUUCGGACAACACAGUCAGGAGGUUCAUUCCGUUGCUAUAUCGCCUGACAACAACAUGAUUGCCUCUGGCUCUAGUGACGGCGAGUUUUACAUCAGCGACUGUAUAACGGGGGAUGUCAUCAGUUCGUCCAGAGCCAAACACGCCGUCACCUCUGUGGCUUUCUCGCCAGACAGUCGCUUGUUGGCAGUUGGAACUGUGAAUAAGGACGUCUUGAUCUGCAGAGAGCUCGGAACUGGCGAGUGGUACAAUCUCUCAAUGAUGACCCCUUCGCCCACGGAGACCGUGUAUGAUGUCGCAUUUUCUUCAAGCGGGGAACAAGUCUUCUGCGCUAGCCUCGACAGCAAUAUCUAUCGGUGGCAUUUCAAGGACGAAGGCGGAGACGAUCUAACAGACUGCAAGAGCCAGGUCCUGAGCGGUCAUAAUGGUUACGCCCUCUCCGUCGCAGAGACGAGAGAUUGCCGAUGGAUCGUCUCCGGGUCUAGAGACAAGACAGUCAGGAUAUGGUCCGAGGAAUCUGGUCAAGCCAUGCUACUUCUCGAAGGCCACGAAGAUACUGUCUUUUCAAUUGCGACUUGUCCAGAGAAGAAUCUCAUUGCCACCGCUUCCGGGGACAUGACUUUCACAGUGUGGCGAUAUGAAAAUGAGUGA